ACGUAAGUUGCAACUUCUAUGUAUGUAUGUAUAUACAUCAUUGAACGAUCGUGCGAACGAAUCACGAUCUUCAAGCGGAUCUAUCGGAAAUUUUUGAAAAAGAGAAAAACAGAAGUUCCACAUGCAGUCACGUGAGAGCGGAGAAAAGUUGCGCGCGCUCUUAACUAAAAUCCAAUAAUAUUUCCCGGUAAACUACCAAUGAAAAGCACCAGACUGAAAACAGAUACUGAAACUUCCGUUAAUUUCUUCAUUCUGAGUCAAUCUUCGUCAGAGUCACAAUUGGAAUCUUUUUUGAAGUAGUUGAAUUUGUUCGGUAGCUGUUACAUCUUGAUUGUUUUAUCAUGUUUAAAGUAAUAGACACGGAGAAACCAAUAGAGAGGAUGCUAUCCGCGCUUGUGUCCGAUUACUUGUCCAAAAAUUAUAAAUCUUUAGCAAAUAUCUUUGACAGCGAAGUAAAUCCGCCUCUACUGUCAAGAGAAUCUCCGAGUUUGCGAGAUAUAUUGAAAUUUUAUCUACAAAGAUCGUAUCAGGCGGUGAGUGUAGUGUAUCACGUGAAAGAAUAUGAGAGAGACGAUUCUGAUAAUCCAGAGAAACGCUGGGCGGUUCAUCAUGCCAUGUGUUACCAACCGAUUCCCAUUAGGUCGUCGCCUAAACCAGAUAACACUGUAAAAGCUCAAUCAAAAAAUCAUUCUAAACCUAUAUCAAAAGAGAACAAGAUUACAUUUGCAAAAUCCACACCAAAAAAUACAAUUAAAAAAAGUACAUCUAAGAUAGUAAAGAAAGAUGUUUCACGGAAGAGUAAAUUGACAUCAAAAAAAUCUGCUCUAAUAAAAGAUACGAUAAAAAGUGGAGAAAUAUCAACAAUAACAAAAAAGGUGGAAAAAAAACGUCCGGUAGAAUGGCGAAAAAAGUAGCUCCCGCGGCGUUGCAGACGGAAGUUGUUAACGAUGAAGAGUGGGCGAAGAUAUUACAGCGGAAGGGUUUAGUUGUAGUGGACGUCUACUCGGACUGGAGCGGUCCGUGCACAGGCAUGGUGAGCAUUCUGAAAAAAUUAAAAAUGGAGAUUGGAGGCGACGCACUGAGUUACGCUACGGCGAGUUGCGACCGCGUUACCGAUUUAAAGAGAUUUCAAGGAAAAAGUGAACCCACAUGGAUGUUUAUUCACGAAGGCCGAAUGAUAAACUUAAUGUUCGGAGCGCAUUGUCCGGAAUUUGUGAAAAUGUUGAUGACCGAGCUUGAAAGAAUUCAAAACAACGAAGAAUAUGAAUUCUCGUUGGACGUUUCCGAAAAAAGUCCCGAAGAAGUGACACGUCUAAAGAUUCAGGAGGAGGCGAGAAUAGCCAAAGAAAAGGCGAAAAAAUCUCGGAAAGAAGCUGAAGCUAAGGCGAGAUACGAGGCAGAGAUGUUACAUCUAACGACGUCAUUGUGCCACGAGACGUGUCUGCUUCUGUUCCCUUGGAUAUUUAAGGACGAGGAAGGAAAGAGACGAGACAAAAAGUCGAGUCCACCAUACGUGGAAUUGGUCGAGGAAUUAUUGCCAGAGAAUUACACGGUGGAACAAGAGAUACGCAAACGGAUGAAUGAAGAGCUACUCAAUCAAAUGCUUGACGAAUCGACGUACAGCUUCUCGGAAUUUGCCAAACAACUUCUCUUUGACGGCAAAUGCAUGUUUAUGCGAUUAAAAAUCAUCGAGGAUAAAAAAGAUCUAGAUGUUCACAAUCAUCUUUGUGAUAUCAUUUUUAAUGAAUCGACGUUACCGGAAUCAGAAGACUGUUUAAAUGAAGAAUGUUUUGCCGGAAAACAUUGUCCUGCUUUUGAAGUGCCUGAUAAGGAAAGUAAAAAGUUUCCAUUUGUCUGGACGCCUCCGAAUCCUAGAAACAAAGCAGUGGUCUUCCGCACGAUAUUCAAUGCUUACACUAUCAUAACAUAUCCAUAUGAAGAUAAGAUGACGAAAGUACCUAUAACCGUUUUUAAAUACGAUUACACGCGUAAAAAUGAUUUAAAAAUGGUGUUGGAAAUGUUUAACGAUGAUGUGAUCGAUUUCGGUAUAUUCGAAUAUGAUAAACCGCCUGAGGCGAAAAUGAUCGGCAAAAAUAUAGAAACAUUUGAGACGAGCACGGAAGAAAAGACAGGUUACGAAAUAUUCGUCUGCACCGUGAAGAAAGUAGGUUGCGAAGCGUUUCUGGGUUUUGCUGGAAUCGGACCUUUCCAUGUGAGCGAAAGUCCCGAGAAGGCUAUUGAAGAGUCGAAGUUAUAUUUCCCGGAUGUCACUGUUGUAGAAGAAACGCAGUCAGACGACGAAGAGAAACCUGAGGAAUCCACGGAAGAGCAGCAAGAUGAAGCGACAACAACGUAGUUAAAUCAACAA